AUGGCAUCAAAUGACGACUUGCAACCCGACGAGCUGACACAAACUAUGAACACUAAUAUCAACAAUCAAGAUAAAACAAGAGAAAGUUCUUCACCAACCCGAAUUCCUGACAUAGAUUAUUCAAAUAAACAAUCUAAUCCUGUCUCUACACAAGACCAUGGGAAUUCACUACCAAAUGAGUCUCAACUACCGGCUGUCACAACUGAAACUUCCACGUUUGAACUCGCUAGUUCAGAUGCUACAAAACAACCUACCACGGACUCUACAAAAGAGCAUGGGAACUCAUUACCGACUGAGAUACAACAAGAAACGACAUCUGAACCAUUUAGCUCUCAAGUCCCUGAUUCACAUGACCCAUCAAAGAUUGCCACCUCUAACGUUAAUGAAGCCAAGAAAGACAAAACGUUGACUCACUUGAUCAAAAAAGUACUCUUUCCCAUUAGAAAACCCAAAAAGAAAGACACAACCGAAAUAAAGUCUGGUGAUUUGGAACCAAACAAGGGUAACACCAUAAAUGAACCCACCCCUGAUAACUUGGAAACAAACAAGGAUAGCCCCAGAACCCAUGAUCAAGACCGAACUCAUUUUUUUAACCCGAUCAAACUACUCUUUCCCAUUAAAAAACCCAAGAAAGACACAACCGAAAUAGAGUCUGGUGAUUUGGAGCCAAACAAGGAUAACUCCACGAAGGAACCCGAUAUCCCUGAUGAUAUGGAACCAAACAAGGAUAACUCCAUGAAUGAACCCAACCCUGAUCAAGAACGAACUCAUUUAUUUAACUUGAUAAGUAAAGAACUAGAUUAUUUGAAAAGAGUAUGUCCAAACCUUGGAAGACUCCAUCAACAAUUAACAGAAGAAAUAGGAAAAGCCGAUCAACAGUUUCUCAAGUUACAAGUAGGCUAUUGUGACCUGAAAGAACUCAAAGAUCUCAAAAGAAGUAUUACCAAGUUUAAGCUCCAGGUCCCGGCAAUACAUAGGACAUAUGAUGAUAAAGACCAACAAAAGAAUCAAAAUUUUUUUGUGGAUAAUAGGAUUUCACCCCAGUUACUCAAUAUACUACCUCGUUUGCAUAAUAACUUGUUCCACCAGAGUCUUUUCUGUAAAACUAUGCAACAACGUUAUAACGACCUGAGGCUUGAACUCAAGCUUUGCUUGUUAUGUUUUUCGGUGUUUCCGGAAAAUGAAGAAAUAAGUAGAAGGCUAAUGGUUUACUGGUGGAUAGCAGAAGGGCUUAUUCCUAGUGGAGAAGAUGACUAUGGAAAAACUUUAGAGGACCGCGCAAAUGAGUAUUUCAUCGAGCUUAUGGACAAGGAUUUCAUUGAGCCUGCCGCCUCGACAAGUCCUGUUGAUCGCCAUGUGGCCACUUGCAAAAUGCAGCCAAUGAUUCGUGCUGCGUUGGUCAUGAUUUCAGAUAGGAUAAAGUUCUUUGAUUUUGAUGAAUUUGGUAAUCCAAAAGACUUUGGUAGAUUUGAUGAAAUAGAAAGCCCAGAAGAGAUGCCCGAUAUCUAUCCGCUUGGUGACCCAAGAGAGUUCUUCGAGUUCUUUGAUAAGAAACGCCAACCCAUACCAAAAGACGACGUCAUUCUAUUCUCUGACAAAGGGAACCCAAUUCCGUUUGCCGCCUAUGAACAAGAGAGUAACAAGGUUAUUCUUGACCGCAAUGGAAACGUAAUAGAUUCCCAAAAGCCACACUAUUUUUACCGAAAAAUAAAGAACAUCAAAAUGAAUUCCUAUAAGGCGUGUUUGAUGGGUACCGGGCUACCAAAAGGUCUUAGCUGGGAGAAGAUUCAUAUGUUGUUCAAUGUCAAGGAUGAUAUUCUAGUGUUUAAGCCAGAUUCGUUUCUAAAAAUGCAAAAUAUCAACUUACUAAUCUUAGGAAGAUGGCAGAGUUCGGCUGGUCGUCAUAUUGAAGUUGUGGAGUUCAAGAUCAAAGAGAGCUUAGAGUAUAUGAAGCAUGUGAGAUUCUUUAGCCUUCAAGGAGUUUCAAGGAUUACUGAGCUUCCGGAAUCCAUAUCAAACCUAGAAAGCCUUUUGAUUCUUGACCUUAGAGCUUGCCACAAUCUAGAGAAAAUCCCUAAGACCAUUGGUUUACUUAAGUAUUUGACCCAUUUAGACAUCUCCGAAUGUUACUUGCUAAAAGAUAUUCCGAAGGAGAUUUCAUCUCUUGUAUAUCUUCAAGUCCUUAAAGGGUUUGUUGUGGUUGACUCACAACAAAAACACGUAUGCACCCUCGAGGAUUUACACAAACUAGAAAACUUGAGAAAACUUAGCAUGUACACACGUAUGAAAGACUUCCCAAAAGAUACACAUCUUUAUGCAUUGCAAAAUCUAAAAGAACUACUCAAGCUAACAAUAUUGUGGGGGGGCCAUGAGUUGAGCCCCAAAAAACACCAGACAAAACAAGAUAACGUAGCUCUACCGAUGUUAUCUAAUAUGUGUGCCCGGAAAAAAAGGGUACAAGGCUCAAUGAAAAGAAUGAAUGCAUUCUUCAAUUCGACAAUUGGUUUACAACUAGAAAAACUAGACCUCAAGUGUUUUCCGGACAAGCGUACACCAAGUUGGCUAACACCAGGCAGCCUCAAAGGGUUAAAGAAACUAUACAUUCGUGGUGGAGAGUUCUCCGAUAUCGGUCAGUAUCAAGACAUUUAUGAAUAUAAUGAUUCACUUAAUAUUCCCAAAGUUGAAACAUGGAAUGUUAAGGUAUUGAGGUUAAAAUACUUAAAUGAGCUAAAGAUGGAAUGGGGAGAGUUACAAAAACUUUUUCCUAAAAUGACUUAUUUAGAGAAAGUUAAAUGUCCCAAACUGACAUUGUUUCCUUGUAACGAGCGUGGAGUGUGGAUUGAUCAAGAACCGUCAAUUAGCGGCUAAUUCAGCUUAUUGGUUUUCCACCAUACAAUAUAUCUUUUGAUUUAUUUAUUGCAUGUGAUCUCAAUUUAAAUAAAGAUUAUAUGAAGUACUCAUAUAUAAUAGUGUCUGGACCACUUAUGUUAAAGUUGUAUGUUUGGAUCAAUGCAGUUGACAUAGAUAGUUUUUGUACGCUUUUAUACGAUGUACUUUUCACAUUAUGCGUGUAGUGAA